AUGAGCUCGCAGCCAUCAACCCUGAUCAUCGGGGCUGGAGUCUUCGGCGUCUCCACUGCCUACCACUUGAUCAAGAAGUACCCCGAAGCACAUAUACAACUGGUUGACCGAACACAGUACUCCUGCCCUCUCGCCGCAUCCUGGGAUUGGAACAAAGUUGUUCGCGCAGACUAUGGCGACAUCUUCUACAUGGAGAAGGCGUUGGAAGCCAUACAGCUGUGGCGAGAUGACCCACUCUUCAGUCGGUUUUACUACCAAAGCGGUAUGAUCAACAUCGACAAUACCGAACUGGGGAAAGAGAUGCUGCAAAACUAUGAGAAGCUUGGAGUUAAGGUUGAUGCGGAGAUGGCGAGCCCGGAGCGCUUCAAGAAGAUGUACGGUUCGUUCUACGAUCACACCGAUUUCUCUGAAGUCGGCGAAGUGUUCGUGAACAGAGACAGUGGGUGGGCUGAAGCUACCAAGGCUUUAACCGCUUACACGGACGCCGCGAUCGAGGCAGGAGUCAAGUAUACCGCAGCUGACAUCGAUGUAUUGACUUUCGGUACUGAUGGAGAAUGUACUGGAGUUCUAACGAAAGGUGGUGAAAACAUCACAGCAGAUCGCAUCAUCCUCGCUACUGGUGCAGGGACCGCCAAAUUGAUCGCCGACAGUGCUCCGAGCAGAGGCGAGCUACAAGUCGACGGGCGCCUGGUCGCUGGAGCAGUAGUCACUGGCAUCGUCAACCUAGACCCAAAGAAGGGGCAGCAGUAUACCGAGAUUCCAGUCACAGUACAUUCUGUCUUACCAACACGAGAUCCAUACACCGUCAAGUUCUGCAGAGACGAGGCUUAUAAGAACACCGUCAAACACGAGGCAUCGGGUCAAGAGUUCUCUUCCCCGCCGAACGAGCCCGGUCAAGCGCAGAGGCAGCCGAACGAAGCUCUUAAGCAGCGGCUUGAACUCGUCAAGAACGGCAUACUGGGUGAACCUGGGAAGAACGUCAAGUUUGACGAGUAUCGUGUGUGCUGGGAUGCAGUGACACCAAGCCAAGACUUCAUCAUCACGCCGCACCCGCAUUCUCAGAAUCUCUACCUCGCGACAGGCGGUUCUUUCCACGGAUGGAAAUUCAUGCCAACGAUCGGUCGCUACGUCGUGGAGAUGCUGGAUGGCACCCUAGACCCCGCUCUUGCCAAACGAUGGGCGUGGGAUCGUGAGAACGAAGGCGGCGCACAUGCUCACCUGCUCCCUACGAUUGAACUACGAGACUUGUGA